UCCAUUUCCAAAUUCUGCAACUCUCACACCCAUCCAUAAUUCCUCAAAGAACGUCCUUCUUCUUUCCUCUGUCAGAAAUCAUAGACAAUCACACUCGUAUCGCCUUUGAUGAUCAUAUAGUACUACACUAGCAAUGGGAACACCAGUAAACAUCAUAGUUGGGUCACAUGUUUGGACUGAAGACCCUGAAGAUGCUUGGAUCGAUGGAGAGGUUCUUGAGAUCAAAGGCAAUAAGGCCACAAUAGUUACCACAGCUGGGAAAACUAUAGUUGCAGAGAUUUCAAGCAUUCACCCAAAAGAUACAGAAGCACCGCCAGCAGGGGUCGAUGACAUGACAAAGUUAGCAUAUCUAAAUGAACCAGGAGUCCUUUGUAAUCUUGCUUCGCGGUUUGCUCUCAAUGAGAUUUACACAUAUACCGGGAAUAUUCUAAUAGCAGUCAAUCCAUUCCGGAGACUACCACACUUGUAUGACAUCCACAUGAUGGAGCAAUACAAAGGAGCUGCUUUUGGGGAGCUAAGUCCACAUCUUUUUGCAAUUGCAGAUGCCUGUUUCAGGGCAAUGAUUAACGAACAUGGAAACCAAUCCAUCUUGGUAAGUGGAGAAAGUGGAGCCGGAAAAACAGAGACAACAAAAAUGCUUAUGAGAUACCUUGCUUUCAUGGGUGGCCGAUCUGGCACUGAAGGAAGAACUGUUGAGCAACAGGUCUUGGAGUCCAAUCCUGUAUUGGAAGCAUUUGGAAAUGCUAAGACUGUGAAAAACAACAAUUCCAGUCGGUUUGGUAAAUUUGUAGAGAUACAAUUCGAUAAGCAAGGAAAGAUAUCUGGAGCGGCAGUCAGAACUUAUCUCCUUGAAAGAUCGAGGGUUUGCCAAGUCUCAGAUCCUGAGAGGAACUACCAUUGUUUCUACAUGCUUUGCUCAGCUCCUCCAGAAGAUGUCAAGAGAUUUAAAGUGGGAGAUCCAAGAAGUUUCCGCUACCUGAACCAAACUAAUUGCUAUGAAGUUGCCAAUGUAGAUGAUGCAAGGGAGUAUUUGGAAACCAGAAAUGCUAUGGACAUUGUAGGGAUCAAUCAGGAAGAACAGGAUGCUAUAUUCCGAGUAGUGGCUGCAAUACUUCAUCUAGGAAAUGUAGACUUUGUUAAAGGAGAAGAGAAUGAUUCUUCAAAGUUGAAAGAUGAGAAAGCUAUGUUCCAUCUUAAAACAACUGCAGAGUUACUCAUGUGCAAUUUGAAAGUUCUUGAAGACUCUCUGUGUAAGCGUGUGAUAGCAACUCCUGAUGGAAACAUUACAAAACCGUUAGACCCAGCCUCAGCUGCCACAAGUCGUGAUGGCUUGGCAAAGACAGUAUACUCUCGACUUUUUGAUUGGAUUGUGGACAAGAUAAACAAUUCCAUUGGUCAGGAUGCAAAUGCAAAAAGCAUAAUUGGAGUCCUUGAUAUCUAUGGUUUUGAGAGCUUCAAGGUCAAUAGUUUUGAGCAAUUAUGCAUCAAUCUAACAAAUGAGAAACUGCAACAGCAUUUCAAUCAGCAUGUAUUCAAGAUGGAGCAAGAGGAGUACACAAGAGAAGAAAUCAAUUGGAGUUAUGUAGAAUUUGUUGAUAACCAAGAUGUUUUGGACCUUAUUGAGAAGAAACCUGGGGGUAUAGUAGCUCUUCUUGAUGAGGCUUGUAUGUUUCCUAAAUCAAAUCAUGAGACAUUUUCACAAAAGAUGUACCAGACUUAUAAGGGACACAAACGCUUUAGCAAGCCAAAACUCUCCCGAACAGAUUUCACAAUUAACCACUAUGCUGGAGAUGUUACAUACCAAUCUGAUCAGUUCCUAGACAAGAAUAAGGAUUAUGUUGUAGCAGAACAUCAAGCUUUAUUGAAUGCCUCGACAUGCACAUUCGUUGCAAAUCUCUUUCCUCCAUCCCAGGAGGAAACAUCAAAACAAUCUAAGUUCUCUUCCAUUGGAACCCGAUUCAAGCAACAACUGCAAUCUCUAAUGGAAACGCUCAGCACAACAGAACCACAUUACAUCAGGUGUGUGAAGCCCAACACAGUACUGAAACCUGGAAUUUUUGAGAACUACAAUGUUCUGAAUCAGUUGAGAUGUGGGGGUGUAUUAGAAGCAAUCAGGAUAAGUUGUGCAGGAUAUCCAACCAAAAGAACAUUUGACGAGUUCAUUGACCGUUUUGGAAUGUUAGUUCCAGAUGUUUUAGAUGGAACUGAUGAGAAAUCAGCAUGCAUGGCCAUCUGUGAUAGGAUGGGAUUAAAGGGAUAUCAGAUUGGGAAAACCAAAGUAUUUCUUAGAGCUGGACAGAUGGCUGAGCUGGAUGCUCGCAGAACUGAAGUGUUAGCUAAAGCAGCGAGACUUAUCCAAAGACAAAUCCGUACCUAUCUCACAAGAAAAGAGUUUAUCACCAUACGAAAAGCUGCCAUAAAUAUGCAAAAGCUUGCAAGAGCACAACUUGCACGAAAGUUAUACGAGUAUAUGAGAAGGGAAGCUGCUUCAAUAUGUGUCCAGAAGCAAGCACGAGCUCAUGCAGUAAGGAAAUCUUAUACAAAUAUACAGGCAUCAGCAAUAGUUAUUCAAACUGGACUGCGAGCUAUGGCAGCUAAGAAUGAAUUCAGGCACAGACAACGAAACAAGGCUUCCACCAAAAUUCAGACACAAUGGAGAGGAAACCAUGCACUUUCUGCCUAUAAGCAACAGAAGAAAGCGACACUUAUACUACAAUGUCUCUGGAGAUCAAAGGUUGCAAGAAGGGAACUUAGAAAGCUGAAAAUGGCUGCAAGAGAAACUGGGGCACUGCAAGAAGCAAAGGACAAGUUGGAGAAGCGUGUUGAAGAGCUCACAUGGAGAGUAGAUUUUGAGAAACACUUGAGAAUCGAUCUUGAAGAAGCAAAAGGACAAGAAAUUGCAAAAUUGCAGAGUGCUUUGAAUGAAAGGCAAGCACAGCUAGAUGAAGCUCAUGCAGCAAUUAUCCAUGAGAAGGAAGCAGCAAGAAUAGCUAUUGAACAGGCCCCACCUGUCAUAAAAGAAGUACCAGUUGUAGACAAUAGCAAGCUGGAGGAAUUGACUCUCCAGAACAGUGAAAAGGAGGAUGAAAUAAAAGAACUCAAGAGGAGGGUUGAGGAGUUUGAGCAAAAAUAUUUAGAAGUUGAGAAUGAAAACAAAACAAGACUAAAGGAAGCCGAAGAUUCAGCAGCAAGGCUGUCGCAACUUCAAGAGACCAUCGAGAGAUUGGAACUAAACUUGUCAAACCUUGAGUCUGAGAACCAAGUUCUGAGGCAGCAAGUUUUGGCUGCACCCUCAAAUGAAGACAUUUCUGAAGAUCUCACUAUCCUCAAAAAUAAAAUCAGCGAAUUGGAGUCAGAAAAUAAGUUGCUUCACAGCCAGAAGAUUGUCAUAGAGCCUGUUUCUGUUUUGGAAAAGAUGCAGCAACAAGCUAAGUGCGUUGAGAAUGGACAUUCAACUUUGGAGGAACCACAUGAACCAACUAAAACAAUACAAGAAAGAACAAAGUGCGUUGAGAAUGGACAUUCAACUUUGGAGGAACCACAUGAACCAACUAAAACAAUACAAGAAAGAACAAAGUGCGUUGAGAAUGGGCAUUCAACUUUGGAGGAACUACAUGAACCAACUAAAACAAUACAAGAAAGAACAAAGGAAUCGGAGCCAAAAGCACUACCGCUAAGUAAACAAAGAUCCCUGACAGACAGGCAGCAGGAGAACCAUGAUGCACUAAUCAAAUGCCUCAUGGAGGACAAGCAGUUUGACCAAGGAAGAUCUGUUGCAGCCUGCGCAGUUUACAAGGCAUUGCUUCAAUGGAGAUCAUUUGAAGCUGAGAAGACAACAAUAUUUGAUAGGAUUAUUCACACAAUACGAUCAUCCAUGGAGAGUGAGGAUAACAUUAAGGAUCAGGCAUACUGGUUGUCAACAUCUACUACUCUUUUAGCUUUUAUACAAGGCACUAUCAAGGCAAGCACAGUGAAUUCAAGUUCACAACGAAAUCGAACAUCACCCACUACCUUGUUUGCUAGAAUGGCACAGGGUCUCCGAUCAUCCUCAAGCAUGGGGAUCUCAAGCGGGUACAGUGGGAUGGAGGGUAAGCCAAAUGCACGAUCAAGAAUUGAAGCCAAAUACCCAGCUUUACUCUUCAAGCAACACCUUACAGCGUGUGUUGAGAAGAUAUAUGGCAUGAUUAGGGAUAACUUGAAAAGAGAGAUUACUCCAUUCUUAAACCUAUGCAUUCAGGCACCAAGAACCACAAGGGCCAGAUCAAUUAGGGGAUCAUCUAAAACCAUCCAUUCAAACAUACUGGCAAAGCAGCAGGCAUCAAGCAUACACUGGCAAAGUAUUGUUAACAACUUGGACAAUAUGCUAAAUAUUCUUUCACAAAACCAUGUUCCUUCUAUAGUUAUAAGGAAGAUGUUUGCCCAAGUCUUUUCAUUCAUAAAUGUCCAGCUUUUUAAUAGUCUAUUGCUUCGCCGAGAGUGCUGUUCAUUCAGCAACGGAGAGUACGUGAAGGCUGGCUUGCAAGAACUUGACCAAUGGUGCACUAAAGCUACAGAAGAGCUUGCUGGAUCGUCAUGGAACGAACUUCAACAUUUACGACAAGCUGUUGGAUUUCUGAUAUUGCACCAAAAGACUCAAAAAUCACUGGAAGAUAUAACAAAUGACCUUUGUCCGAUCUUGAGCAUUCCUCAAAUCUAUCGCAUUGGAACAAUGUUUUGGGAUGACAAAUAUGGAAGUCAUGGACUAUCAUCUGAGGUCAUUGGCAAACUGAGAGCACUAACGGCGGAAGAUUCAAUCAACGUUCCUAACAACAGUUUCUUACUAGACGUGGAUUCAAGCGUACCGUUUUCCAUGGAAGAAAUAUACAGAUCCUUCAUCAGCAUCAAUAUUACAAACGUCGAACCACCGAUUCUUCUCCGGCAGAAAUCCGACUUCCAUUUUCUUCUUCAAACAACAGAUUGAGAGCUCGAUUAAGCAAGAUGAACACCGUAGAGAGUGAAUCGCUUGAGAGCGAAAAUGAUCAGUUUUUGCAUAAACAGUUUUGCUCAUAGUUUUUAGUAUUAAAUUAUUAAUUAAUUCUUUUCUUUUUAUGGGUUGUUUUUUAUUUACUUACAUUUUUUUUAUUCAUAUAUACUUAAAUGGCUUUUGAGGUUGAGCUGUGAGUGACAGUGAGUGAGUGAGUGUAUUCUUUAUUUAUUUUUUAUCCAUAACAAAUAUAUAUUAUGAUAGUUUGGAAUAAGGAGUGAGGAUAUAUUU